GAUCGCCGGUGCGCUGUGUCCCUCGGACACAGCGGAUCACGGAAAGAGCCGAAGAUGUCGGCUCAGUCAUGUGAUCAGCUGUGUCCAAUCACAGCUGAUCACAUGGGACAUGUACACUGAUCAUCAGGGCACUGAUGAUCAGUGUGCCCUGAUGAUCAGUGUUGCCCCAGAAGUGCCACCUGUCAGUGCUCAUCAGUGCCACGUGCCAGUGCCAAUCAGUGCACAUCAAUGCCACAUAUCAGUGCCCUUCUGAGCUGCCUUUCAAUGUCACCCAUCAGUGCCAGUCAGUGCCACCUAUCAAUGCCAAUCAGUGCCACCUAUCAGUACUUCCAAUCAGUGCCACCUAUCAGUGCCAGUCAUUUUCCGCCUAACAGUGCCGCCUAUCAG